AAACGUCUUAUACGAAUGAGAUAUUUAGCGCGUAGUUUCGUUGGCCCCAAAGCUUGGCCAUUGCUGGGCAAUGCAUAUUUGUUUUUGGGUGUCAAACCAGAAGAUCUGGUUCAAAUUAUGGCCAAUAUUUUCAAAGACUAUGGCAAAACGGUGAAAUUGUGGUUAGGUCCUGUAUUAGCUAUUUUUAUGCAAGACGCCAAUGAUCUGGAAUAUAUCUUGGGUACCAACAAUUUGCUGAUAAAAUCUCAGGAUUAUGAUUUUCUUAACGACUGGUUGUGCGAGGGUCUACUCAUUAGUAAACCACCUAAAUGGUUUAAACGUCGCAGAAUUCUAACGCCUGCAUUUCAUUUUACAAUAUUGGAGCAAUUUAUUGAGUUAUUUGAACAUAAUACACGAAUUUUUGUGAAAAAUCUACACGAAGCAGCUGAGAAGAGCAACGGUCUUAUUCAAAUGGAUCAUUGGGUACAUUUGCUAACACUGGAUAUUAUCUGUGAAACUGCUAUGGGCGUAUCUUGUAAUGCUCAGACCAAUGCUGACACGGAAUAUGUUAGAGCUGUUAAAACCAUUUCAAGCAUCCUAUUUAAACGCAUGUUCGAUAUUUUAUAUCGCUUCAAACUAAUCUAUAAAUUUACCAAAUUGGCCCAGGAAGAAAAGAAAGCCUUGGCUGUUUUGCAUGGUUUCUCAGAAAACGUUAUCCUCGAAAGACGUGAAGAGCUUUUGAAAACCAAAGAGAAUUCGGCACAACCACAAUCUGAUGAUGUGGGUUUGAAACGUAAAAUGACAUUCCUGGAUAUUUUACUACAGUCUGAAAUUGAUGGAAAGCCCUUAAGUAAUUUGGAUAUACGCGAAGAGGUGGACACUUUUAUGUUUGAGGGUCAUGAUACCACAUCUUCAGCUAUAAAUUUUUGUUUCUACAAUUUAGCUAUGAAUCCGAAAUAUCAACAGAAAUGCUUCGAAGAAAUUAUAAAAGUAUUUGGAAAAGAUAAAACUAAGCCGGUUUCCUAUAAGGGUCUUAAUAAUUUACAUUAUGUAGAAUUGUGUAUCAAGGAGACGUUGAGAAUGUAUCCUUCGGUACCUUUAAUUGGCAGGAAAGUAACGGAGGAUUGUCAUAUAAAUGGAAAAAUACUUCCUGCAGGCACAAAUAUUAGCAUUUCUAUUUUCCACUUGGGCCGUCAAGAAGAUUUAUUUCCCGAACCCAAUACAUUUAAGCCUGAACGUUUUGAAAUGAUUUAUACUACCGACAAAAGGAGUGCCUAUGCCUACAUACCUUUCUCGGCUGGUCCACGUAACUGCAUUGGACAAAAAUUUGCCAUGUUGGAAAUAAAGACUGUUUUGGCUAACGUUUUGCGUCACUAUGAACUUGAGUAUGCGGGGAAAAAAGAUGAAAAUCUAUUGCUAAUUGCGGAUUUGACAUUGAGCCCAAGGGACCCAUUAAUGUUUAAAAUUAAACCAAGAGUGUAUUAG